UUUACCUCCCUGACGAGAACCACAGGAGGUUCACUCGAGCUCACUCAUUUCCCUCUAAAUACGGCGAUAAUUCCACUUUUUCGAAGCAUAAGCCGCCUUAGGACACCGGCAGGAUGGCAGCACCACCAGCAGCACUGUUAAAUAAGAACAAAAAGAACUUCAUAGGCAUGCCAGCGCCUUUGGGAUACGUGGCUGGUGUGGGGAGAGGAGCCACUGGCUUCACCACGCGUUCCGAUAUUGGUCCUGCUCGCGAUGCCAAUGAUGUGUCAGACGACCGCCAUGCGCCACCUAGUAAACGGAAGAAAAAAGAGGAAGAGGAUGACGAAGAUCUUAAUGAUGCUAACUAUGACGAGUUCAACGGUUAUGGAGGAUCACUAUGUAGUAAAGAUCCGUACGACAAAGAUGACGAAGAGGCAGAUGCAAUCUACGACGAAAUUGACAAGCGUAUGGAUGAAAAGCGGAGGGAGUACCGCGAGCAGCGCCUCAAAGCAGAACUGGAGAACUACCGUCAGGAGCGCCCCAAGAUCCAGCAGAUGUUUUCCGAUCUCAAGAGAGAGUUGGCACAUGUGAGCGAGGGCGAAUGGAGUACCAUCCCGGAGGUUGGUGAUGCCCGGAACAGAAAGCAACGCAACCCCAGGGAUGAGAGGUUUACCCCACUGCCAGACAGUGUACUCUCUCACAACCUUGGGGGAGAGAAUGUGACAACUAUUGACCCAGGCUCAGGCCUGGCCUCCAUGAUGCCUGGGACGACUCCAGGCAUGUUAACACCAAGUGGUGAUCUUGAUUUGCGUAAAAUUGGACAGGCUCGUAACACACUGAUGGGCAUGAGGCUGAACCAGGUCUCUGAUGCUGUAGGUGGUCAGACAGUGGUUGACCCCAAGGGAUAUCUCACUGACUUGCAGAGUAUGAUUCCACAGUAUGGUGGAGACAUCAAUGAUGUCAAGAAGGCCAGACUCCUCCUGAAGUCAGUUAGGGAAACCAACCCCAACCAUCCCCCUGCGUGGAUUGCAUCUGCACGUCUCGAAGAGGUCACGGGUAAAAUCCAGAGUGCCAGGAAUUUGGUGAUGAAAGGUUGUGAGAUGUGCCCCAAGUCUGAGGAUGUCUGGCUAGAAGCAGCUCGACUCCAGCCACCAGAUAUGGCUCGUGCUGUCAUUGCUCAGGCUGUCCAGACCCUGCCAUACUCACCCAGAAUCUGGAUCAAGGCUGCCGAUCUUGAGUUGGAACUAAAGGCAAAAAAGAGGGUGUACAGAAAGGCCCUGGAGCAGAUUCCCAAUUCAGAACUGCUGUGGAAACUAGCUGUCGAAUUGGAAGAUGAGGAGGAUGCAAAGAUUCUCCUUAGUCGAGCUGUGGAGUGCUGCCCAACUUCUGUUGACCUCUGGCUAGCUUUGGCUCGCUUGGAAAACUAUGAAAAUGCAAGGAAGGUGUUGAACAAAGCCCGUGAGAAUAAUCCUAAGGAUCGUCAGAUUUGGAUCACAGCCGCAAAGCUGGAAGAAGCCAAUGGUAACAACACACUGGUUGGAAAGAUUAUUGAGCGUGCCAUUUCGACACUGCAGGCCAACAUGGUGGACAUCAAUCGAGAUUUCUGGAUCAAGGAUGCCAUGGAGGCUGAGCAUGCUGGAGCUGUCCUCACCUGCCAGGCCAUCAUAAAGAAUAUCAUUGGCUAUGGGGUUGAGGAUGAGGAUCGCAAACAUACAUGGAUGGAGGAUGCGGAUGCCUGUGCAAGCCAAGGAGCCAUUGAGUGUGCAAGAGCCAUAUACAGUCAUGCCCUGUCUGUUUAUCCAAAGAAGAAGUCUGUAUGGUUAGCAGCAGCACACUUUGAGCGCAGCAGUGGGACGAGAGAGUCCUUGGAGACUCUGCUACAGCAGGCUGUUACUCACUGCCCUCAGGAAGAAACCCUUUGGCUUAUGGGAGCCAAGUCCAAGUGGCUGGCUGGUGAUGUUCCUGCUGCAAGAUCAAUUCUGGCACUUGCUUUCAAAGCAAAUCCAAAUUCAGAAGAAAUUUGGUUGGCUGCUGUUAAGCUAGAGUCUGAGAAUAAUGAAUAUGAGAGAGCAAGAAGACUCCUAGCAAAGGCCCGUUCCCAGGCAGCUACCUCGAAGGUGAUGAUGAAGUCUGCUCACCUUGAGUGGGCUCUGGGGAACCUGGAACUUGCGAAGAAUCUCCUUGAUGAAGGAAUAAAGGAAUUUGGAGACUUUGCAAAGCUGUGGAUGAUGAAGGGCCAGAUCUUAGAACAGCAGGGCCAAAAAGACAAAGCAUGGGAGGUGUACAGAGAUGCAGUCAAGAGGUGUCCCUCCUCUAUUCCUCUGUGGCGGCUUUUGUCUUCCUUGGAGGAGAAGCAAGGGAAGUUGGUAACAGCGCGUGCUACUCUGGAGAAGUCGAGAGUCCGGAAUCCCAUGAACGACGAGCUGUGGUUGUUGGCCAUCCGCUUGGAACUCCGAGCUAGUCAGCGUGAGGUCAGUAGAGCACUCAUGGCACGUGCUUUGCAGGAGUGCCCCACAUCCGGUAACUUGUGGGCACAGGCCAUUUUCCUUGAAGAUCCAGCCCAGAGGAAAUCCCGCAGUGUUGAUGCCCUGAAGAGAUGCCAAGACGACGCCCAUGUCGUUCUGGCUGUUGCUAAAAUGUUCUGGAUGGAGGGCAGAAAGAACAAAGCUCGUGAGUGGUUCAACAAGACAGUCAAAAUCGAUCCAGAUCUCGGUGAUGCCUGGGCAUGGUACUACAAAAUGGAAACCUUAUUCGGAACACCAGAGCAAAAGGAAGAGGUCAUGAAGAGAUGCCUGGCGGCUGACCCUAGACACGGUGAACAUUGGUGCGCAACCUCAAAGCUCAUUGACAAUUGGAGGAAGAAGACGCAGGAAAUUCUCCAGCUGGUUGCUGACAAAUUACCCAUUCCUGUUAUGAAUAGAGAGACUUAUUAGGUUUAAAAUACAUUUCUCAUGAAUUGUCACUUUAUAUUUUUUCUUCUUUUCUUUUUUUCUUUUUUUAUGGAAAAACAAAUCUAUGUAUAUUUAGAUUUCAUCUACAUAAUAUUUCAAUUGUAAGAUUUGAGCAUCAGUAUCAAGUGGAAUACAUGUUUUAGAAAAUGGAAAGUUACCAGUGAACCACAAAGAGCAUUUUGUUAUCUCUAUAUAUCUCAAAGUACAAAGUAAGCUCCACCUAUACAGUCCGUAUUCAACUAAAUUUCUUUACAAUAGUUUCCAUUGCCUCCCAAGUAUUUUUUAUUGUUUUAUUUUAGAAAUUAUUCCUGUUUCAGUAAGAUUAAUGUUAAGCAAAAAUGAAACGGGCUUAAUUUACAAUACAAAAGGAUAGUGAUAUUAACAUUAUUGGUAUACAGUUCACACAUCAUUGAAUGUGUGAACUGUAUUAUUAUUUGGCAAAUAGUAACUCAACCAAACAACUGAUUUGUAUAGAUAUAUUUAUAUUAAUAAAACAGUCGGUGGUGAAAGUUUGAUAUCAUAUUUCUCUUCCUAUGUGAAAAUAAAUCUUUCACAACACAAA